CCAAAAAACCCUAGUCAGAACUCAGAAUAAUAUAUUUAUCAGAUUUUCUUCCAAACCCUAAUCUCAUUUCACUACUCUCUGCCGCUUCCGAGGGAGAGUUCUCAUACCCAUUCAGACCUUUCACCGAAAUGGGUCGAGUCAUCCGAGCUCAACGUAAGGGUCCGGGUUCCGUCUUCAAGGCCCACACCCACCACCGGAAGGGUCCCGCCCGAUUCCGCAGCCUCGACUUCGGCGAGCGAAAUGGCUACCUCAAAGGUGUCGUCACCGAAGUUAUCCACGACCCAGGCCGUGGUGCGCCUUUGGCUCGCGUGGUGUUCCGUCAUCCUUUCCGUUACAAGAAGCAGAAGGAACUGUUCGUCGCUGCCGAGGGUAUGUACACCGGACAGUUCGUGUACUGCGGUAAGAAGGCUACCCUUGUGGUCGGAAACGUGUUGCCUCUUAGAUCCAUCCCUGAAGGAGCUGUGGUUUGCAACGUCGAACAUCACGUUGGCGAUCGUGGGGCUUUUGCUAGGGCUUCUGGUGAUUAUGCUAUUGUUAUUAGUCACAACCCUGAUAACGACACCACCAGAAUCAAGCUCCCAUCGGGUGCGAAGAAAAUUGUUCCAAGUGGUUGCCGUGCCAUGAUUGGGCAGGUCGCUGGAGGUGGUAGGACUGAGAAGCCUCUUCUCAAAGCGGGUAAUGCUUACCACAAAUACAGGGUGAAGAGGAACUGCUGGCCUAAGGUGCGCGGUGUGGCUAUGAACCCAGUCGAGCAUCCACAUGGUGGUGGUAACCAUCAACACAUCGGUCAUGCUAGUACUGUUAGACGCGAUGCUCCUCCUGGACAAAAGGUUGGUCUUAUUGCUGCAAGGAGGACCGGUAGGCUCAGAGGUCAAGCUGCUGCUACUGCUGCCAAGGCUGAUAAGGCUUAGGGUCAAGGAUAUUACUUUGUUUUGUUGGGGCAUUAUAAUUAUGUUGAAGAGUAUCAAGUACAUUUCUGUUUCAGAAAAUUUGGUUGAAUUUUCAGACAAUUGUACCGUUUCGAGUUGUUUGAGGAAUGUCGUAUGGUUUCAGUUUGGAUA